GCGGGCCGGAAGCGCGCGGCGGCGGUUCCGGUCGGCGGCGGUUCCGGUCGGCGGCGCGGCGAUGAGCUUCGCCUGGCCCUGGCAGUACAGCUUCCCGCCCUUCUUCACGCUGCAGCCGAACGGCGACACGCGGCGGAAGCAGCUGGCCGCCUGGUGCGCGCUGGUGCUGGGCUACUGCCGCUGGCAGCGGCUGCACGCCAUGACGGUGCGCGAGGCGCACGACGGGCCGCUCUUCGCCAACCAGCGCCUCCAGCGGAAGCUCCCGCUGGAGGCCGUUCAGGUGGUGCUGGAGGAGCUCCGCAAACAAGGGAACCUGGAAUGGUUAGAUAAGAACAAAUCCAGCUUUCUGAUCAUGUGGAAGAGACCAGAAGAAUGGGGAAAGCUCAUCUAUCAGUGGGUAUCGAAGAAUGGCUUGACAAAUUCUGUAUUCACACUGUAUGAAUUAACCAGUGGAGAUGAUACAGAGAAUGAAGAGUUCCAUGGCUUGGAUGAGUCUAUGCUGCUUCGUGCCCUGCAAGCCUUGCAGCAAGAGCACAAAGCUGAAAUUAUCACGCUGGAUGAUGGCCGAGGUGUCAAGUUCUUUUAAUAGGAAUCCUCUCCUUUCCACUCUUCUGACUGCUGAAGCGUUUCUAGCUGUGAAGGUUCAAUCUCCUGGCCUAGUUUCAAGCGCUGACUGCAAGCAGCUGCAUACUUUGGAUUUCUUGGGGCAAGGAGAAUCCGUGAAGCCUUCCAAAGAAAGACAUGACUACUUAGAAAUAUUCAGAGAUGCACUCUCUUUCUUUUCUGCCUGUCAAUUUCUGUUUGAGAGGGUAAAGCUGCUCUAAGCAGAUCCAAAAGGGACAACCUUGAAGUGGAGUGGAACCGUUCCUGUUACUAAUCCGUGUUCCUAGGAAAGCAGCUGGAGUGGGUUCUGCAGCUGGCUAGUCAAGCCUGAUCUUAAGGGCAACUCCCUCCCACCUUCCACUCAUGCACUUGGGCCCUGCAAUCCUUGUUGCAUUGCAACAUGUAGUGAAAGCAAGCACACAGAACUUGCUGUAGCUGCUGUGGUAUGAAAAACCUCAACAGAAGAAUGAUGUGUGCUUGCUGCAAAGCAGGCUGUGCAAUGUGGAUGCUGAGGAACUAAUCUGGAAUAAUUAAAAUAAGAUGUAUUUAUAGAGCA